AGCCAGUUCAGUCGCUUCAAAGAGCCCGAAUCGAGCGGACACAACAAAGAUAUAUAGUGCGCUACAAAAGACAUUACUCCAGUAAUAGGGAGAUACUAAGAGUUAUUGUCGCGUGAAAAGUGAACAGGCUGUUGAAAAACCAAAAACAGAAACAACUGUGGCAAAUUGUGAUAUCAAAAGUGAGCGAAUCGGCCCAGACAAACAACAAAAACAAAGCCUAAACACAGGCGUCUGGCAAACAGCUGUUUUUCGUGUGCUCUCUCACCCCCUACGCGCUCUCCCGCUCUCCGUAUUCAGCAAACGCGCUCUCUCUCAGCUGCGCUCACAAACGUCGGCAGAGGCUGGGCAGAGAAAAAAUAGGCAGCAGCGUUAGCCAAAUAGUUUCUCGUUUCCGAGUCAGAUCGCGUUUUUCUUCGGAGUGGACGAGACGUGACGUUCGUUCGGCAGUUCUAUUGCAUCGCGCAUAGAACUAACAAGUUUCCUACUCCGCGAACUCACUCCCGCGAGAACAGAACCGAAUGAAAAGAAAAGAGAGACAAGAGGAGGAAAGCAACGGUUAAGUUAGGCCAGCGAAAACGGGCAAAAAGACUGAAAAACACACGUGGAUUGUUCACUCACACCUCCCCCAAACCACUCACCCACAGCAGCUCCAACUGUUCGCUGCAUUUAUGUAAAACCAAACAAAGACUGAUUAAAACGCUAAAUAAAUAUAUACAAUAAACGUAACGAAACAAAGUUAAACACGCGAACAGCAGCUAAAUAUUAUACGGGUUAAAGCGAAUUCCAAAGCAAAGCAAACACAUAUGGAUUAAGGUUCCUCCUAUCUCAAAUUAAACAAAAAAACAAAUCGAAAAAGAAAUAACCAACACACACUCACACACUCACGGAUUACCUGCAGCGACAAUUUACCGUUAGCCGCUCUUUUUGGAUUACCAGUGCCAAUAAAAACCACAAAAGUGAAUUUUUUCGAAAGUGAAGAAAGCGAAAAUAACGCCCGCAAAAUGCUAAAAAUCUAAAACAAAAGUAAACAAGCAACCAAAAGCGAAUUCUGUGUUAUCGAAACGAGAGCAAAAGCUAAAAGGAGCCAAUAAAAAAUAAAACAGCGAUGACGAUGGCCGCCUGUUAUGCCAACUACGACAUGUCGUCCCUGUCGCACGGCAUGUCGGCUCUGUCUGCCCUGCAGCAGCAACAGCAGCACAGCCAGGCGCAGCAGCAACACAGCCAGACGCAGCAGCAGCAGCAGCAGCAUCAUCACCAGCAGCAGCAGCAACACAUGUACCAUGUUGUCAACAACAGACAACAACAACAGCAGCAGCAGCAACAACAGCAGCAGCAGCAACAGCAGCAGCAGCAACAGACGCCCAGCAGCAGCAACAACAGCAACACAGCGCCCGCUCCCUCGCCCCAAAAGGACUACAGCAUCCCGCUCCACGUCGACUGCAGCGUGGAGUACGAGCUGCCCAACCAGCCAAAGCCUCCGGCGGGCCAAAGAGUGGAGCCGCUGCUGAUGAUCCACCCGUGCUACUUCCGCAAGAUGGAGUCGCAGCGACGCAGUCCGUUCGUGAACAACAUGCACGCGACGGCGAGGGCGGUCAGCAGCAGUUCACUAAGCAGUGGAGCGGCCCUGGGCGGGGGCGGAAGCGGUACGGCUGUGGCCACGGCGCCUAGCAGCAGUGCCGCUCGGCGGGGAGCUCGGGUGGCCACCAACGCCCAGCAACAGCAGCAGCAGCAACAGCAGCAGCAACAACGUUACCAGCAACAGCAGCAACAACUGCGGCAGCAGCACCAGCAAAUGUCGCAGAUGUCGCAGCAAGCCCACUAUCCCCAGCAACGGUCUAGUCUGGAACAGCAAAUCGGAAUGUGUCCCCAGCAACAGUCUAGUCUGGAGCAUGUACGCCGACAACAUCAGCAGCAACAGCAGCAACGUGCCAGCACCAACCAAAGCCAACGUCAAAGCCAAAGUCAGAGCCACGCAGCCAACUCGGCGGCGGCAGCGGCAGCGGUACAGGCCCAGGCCCAAGCCUCGAUAGCCGCCGCGGCCGCCGGUCAGUGGGAUCAGCUGGCCGCGGCGCUGGCCGCCCGCACCGCCCUCACGCCCCACCACAUCCUGCACCCCCACGGCCACUACGCGGCCAAGGGCAGUGGCGCUGGGGGCGGAAGUGGCAAGCGGGACGCCAUGAUCUCCGGCAGCAACUACGGUCAGACGGCGGUCGCCUCGGGGAAGCUGCAACAGCAGCAACAGCAACAGCAACAGUCGCAGGUGCAACAGCACCAGCAACAGCAACACUGCCUGCCUCCGCCGCCCUGGGACGCGACGUCCAUGCUGAUGGACCGCGCGCCGAUGGCCACAGUUCCUAGCAAUUAUCAGGCCGGCCCUGACACCAAUCCCAUGCGCCUCUACUCGGCCACGCCCACCUCCGGAGCGGCCACGGGUGGAUCGGCGUCGGUGGGCGGAGGAGGGGGCGGGGCGGUGUGCGGCACGGGGGCGACGGGAGCGGUAACCACGGCCACGGACAAACUGAGCGGCAAGUACCGGCAGUACUUGCGGUCCCAGCGGAUGCAUCCGUACGCGGCGGCCGCCUCGCUCAACCUGGCAGCCGCCGCCGCUGCCGCUGGACAGACGUCGUUCGUGCCGUUCAGCUCGGCGGCCACGCCCACAUUCCAGCACCUGCCGCAGAUCUCCUGCUACAACGUGUGAUGCAGCAGCAAGGACAACGGCAACAGCAGCAG